AUGGAUACGCCGAAAUCAAUUUGCAGGACCGAGACCAUCUAUAGAAAUAAGGAUAUUGUUAAUGUUUUCUUUACAAUGAUUGAAGAAUGUAAUGGCGAUCAAAACACAGUUCGUCGCUAUCGUUGUAGCUGCGGAACAAUUCGCAAGCAAAAUACUCGUUAUGGCUACACUAAUUUAAUCAAUCAUAUUUACCGUAGUCAUGUAGAUUGGCGCGAUGUCAUGGCUUCAGUUUAUGGCUACUAUACUUCCAAAGAUAACCGAAAAUCCAUUUCCAAUCAAUUCCUUAAUAAUGCUUUUGUGUGGAUUGAAUGGAUAGUAAUGGAAAAUCGAGAAAUUUGGCUAUCAGAAAGUAAAUGGACCAAAAAAAAUACAAUGUUAAAAGAUGUUUCCACAACAAUUAUUAUAAAAUACAUUGCACUACUAGCAAAUGAAGUUGAAAAGAUUUUGACGCAAAAUUUAUCUGAUCGCUUAGGCAUUGUAAUAGAUGAUAAAGUAGAUGAUUCUAGUCAAUACAUUGCAAUUUAUGCCUUCAAUUCACAGCAAAAUCAAGAACAAGAAAAUCCAGAAAAACAUCCACAACUCCAUUACUACCUAUUAGAUAUAUUACAUCCAAUUGUUCACGACUUAUCGACAGAAAACUUCCGUAAUUUAAUCUGUUCCAUCCUGCACCGUUAUUCCAAAGAUUUCAGUUGCAUUUCCUAUUUUGUAGGUGCAACAUGCGAGAAGAAUAAAGCCCUUGCUGAAAGUAUCGGUAAACCGUUAAUUGCUUGUGCAUGUUACCGUUUAAACUUAGCUAUUAAACACUACCUAGGUGAAGAACAGUCCUUAAUUAACCGUCUAUUAGUCUUUAUGACAAAACUAAACAAUACCAAGAUGAUGGCAUCGUUACAAAGAACUGGAAAUUUGGCUGUCAUAUUAAGUAAGACGAUGCAAUGGUCAUCCACCUUUCAAAUGAUUAGUCAUUAUUUCGAGUUAAAGCCCUAUUUAGACCUUCAAGAUCCUGAGUUAGCCAAGUUACUGCCAUCGCCUAAAGACGAUGUUAAGUUAACGGAAAAGAUGAAAGAUUUAGCAGCAUUUGAAUCAGUCUACCACAAAUUACUCUACUCGCGUGAUAUUGAUCAUAAUACUUUACGACAAUUAUUUGACGCCUUGAUCCGACAAUUCCCUCAACUCGACCUCUACCUAGCCGCAGAUUCAGUGUGUGUUUAUAGUGUUGCUUUUGAAACAGGAAUUGCCAAAAUUAUUACGGGACAAGAACGGAGUUUGACAAAAGAUGAACAGGAGGUUUGCCAACCCUUUAGAGUUACAGACGAUACUGCGGAUAAAUCUGCUAUGGAUUCUAUUAUAAAUGAUAACCUCUCGUUUGCUGAGAAGGUCUUGUCAAAGCAAACAUCGAAGGUAACGAAGUCUUCCGCAUAUGAAGAUGUAUCUUAUAUACCAGUUAUGUCCACUGUAACUCAGCAAUUAACCCGUAAUAAUAUCAUUGAUCUAACUAAGAGCAAUGAUGUCAUGAAUCCCAUUUACUUACGGUGUAUCUUUCUAAAGCUGAAUCGCCGUUUGUGGGAUUUACCAUUACUCAAGAAAGUAGUUCACAGAUCAACUUAA